AUGGCACGGGAAGAGAAGCCGGCCUUCGAUUUGGGCUUAGGCCUCGAGCGGACUCAUGUGAUGGUCACAGGUGCUGCUGGACAGAUAGGGCAAGUCAUUACUGAGGCUUUUCUUGCCGCGGGAGCGAGUGUCACUGCGGUCGAUAUCAAAGAGAGUCGGUCGAGACGGAAGGACAAAUUUAUGCCAGUGCAAGUAGACAUCUCCGAUGAGCAAGACGUCGCUGCUGCUUUCGAGAAAGCGCGGGUAGUUUUCGGAGGGAUUGACUGCUUGGUACAUGCGGCGGGCAAGGAUCUCUCCUUUCUCGAGCAACAUGCUUCGAAUGCUGAAAUGCCGGCUACCCAGUUCCGCGAAACCUUGAGAGUCAACGUUGAAGGCGCCUUCCUAGUUUGCCGAGAAUGGCUCAGAGGACUCCCAGAUUGUCACAAAAGCAUGCGAAACAGAUCUCUGAUCGUCUUUGGUAGCGAGGCAGGGAUAUGGGGCGUGAACAAUGUCGACUAUGCCACCUCCAAAGCCGCUCUUCACGGAUUGGUACAAUCCUUUGCAGCCGACCCUAUGACUAUCAAACAGGGAGCCCGUGUCAACCUCAUCGCGCCUGGAGUGGUCGAUACACCUCAGUUCCGGAAGGAAGUGGAAGAAGACCCUGACGACAAAUGGAAACAACUUUCGACAGUAAUUCAAGCAGAAGCAGUGCCAAUACAGGCAGUGGCGAGGACUUGUCUGUUUCUUGCGAGCGACAACUUCUCAGGCUCGAUCACUGCGCAGACCAUCAGGGUAGAUGGUGGGAGAAGUGGUCGACUUUUCUACCCUGACAGGGCUAGUAUAGUAUAG